AUGCUCGCGGCGGUACCAAUUCCCCGACUUUCCGCUUCCCGCUCCCAUCUGCAGACCCUCGUAUUCGCAACGCACGUGGCAAGCUUGCGACCCAUCGCCGUUCUCCUUUCACAAAAUUCUUCGCCGCACCUCGCGGAGUUUAGCGUGACAGGCACCUGCCACGACAAGCGGCGCAGUUUCCGCCAGGAGCGCACUCGUUCUUCGAAAUGUUCCGCCCCAUGCGCCGCAUCCUCCGCCGAACCAUCAGCCCCGGCAGAGAUUCCGUCUCUUGACGAACUCCGUCGGAUGCUGGAGCGGACGGAGAGCGCAACGCAGACGGAGAGAGCAGAAUCGGCGGGUUACCAAGGAUCAGACGGAAAAGGACUCGACAUUGAUGGCGGGAGAGUGUGGGAGAACGUGGCGAGAGCAUCGACGCGGCUGUUCGGGCAGAGUGAGGGCGCGGAGGUGCGGGUGGUGCUGUAUCGCGACGAUGCCGCGUGGUGCCCCUUCUGCCAGCGCGUGUGGCUGCAGCUCGAGGAGAAGCGCAUUCCUUACCGGGUUGAGAAAAUAAACCUCAAGUGCUACGGGCCAAAGCCUGAUUGGUUCUUGCAGCUCGUGCCCAAUGGCAUGCUGCCAGCUGUCCAGCUAGACGGGCGAGUGAUCACAGAGUCCGUGACUAUAAUGAAGGAGAUUGAAGCCGCCUUCCCAAGCCACUCGCCGCUCCUCCCCCCUCCCUCCGACGCGCAAGCAGCAGCGGCAGCAGAGCAGCUGAUGGGUCUGGAAAGAGGGCUGACUCGGGCAUGGCUCAAGUGGACCAAGGGAAAGGAUGCCAUGCGCUGGCUUGGUGGUGGUAGUGGCGGGGCCAGAAGCAGCAGCAGUGGGAGCAGUAGCGGCAGCAGUAGCAGUGGGGAGGGUGCAGGCGAUGAGGAGGAGGGGGAGGGGCGGAGGGAGUUUGAGGCGGCAAUGGAUGCCAUGGAAGAGGCUUUGGUGAAGAGCGGAGGGCCUUACUUCCUUGGGAAAGAGCAGUUCUCCCUUGUUGACGUGACCCACGCGCCUCUCCUGGAGAGAUUCGCUGCCAGCGCACCGUACUGGAAAGGCCUCACAGUGCGGAACAACCCUCGCUGGCCGGCCCUCUCCCGCUGGUACGACGCCAUGGAUGCCCGCAACGCCUACCUCCCUCUCAAGUCUGACGACUUCUCAAUCACCCACUCCCUCGUCCCGCAAAUCGGGCCAGUGAUCGCGAGCGCCGAUCCAACGGCUGUGGCGCGCCGGGCUUAUAUCGAUGGACGGGAUGGGACGGGCGCGUGGGAUCUGCCGCUGGGGGAGGAGGAGACGGCGUGGGGGAGGGAGGAUGGGACGGGGGGGGAGGGGCGGAGGGCGCAGAGAGAGGUGGUGCGGGCGAUUGUGGGGAAUCAUGACAGGCUGGUGGCCUUCUGCCUGCGAUCCUUAGGGCAUUCUACUGCACGCGCCUCUGCCGUUGGUGCUGCUGGUUCUUCUGGGGCUACUGCAAGUGCUGGUGGUGCAGCAAGUGCUGCUGGUGUUGUUGCUGGUGCUGAUGCUGGUGCUCCAAGGAACAACCAGAAUCACGUGGGCCAAGCCGAGCCGCAGCAGCAGCUCAUCACGGCAGAGUCCCUUGCGCCAGCUGUCAGCGAGGCGUUGCGCCACGUGGCGCAUGCACUGCUGGUCGGCAUAGAAGCAGCAGGCCCAUUCCCUGCCAUGUCAAAGGCACUCCAAAAGCCAAGUGGUGGGAGCAGAAGUGAGGAUGUGAGAGCAGCAGGGGAAGAACGGCUGGUGAUGGCUCUUGCGUAUUUGAGGGAUAGAGUUGGGGUGCCAAGGGACUUGAGCUAUCCAGCUGCAAGGCAGCUGAGAGCUCACCUGCAGUGGGUCACUCGAUCAUUAGGAUCCCCAUUGUAG